CAAGUUUCAUCACCAAAAUGAAAAUGUCCUCCGACGACCUUCCUCCUCUUCCUGAAAACCGCAUCGUCGUUGGGUGCGGAAUGACGACGGUGGAUUUCUUGGCUACUGUGGAUGCAUUUCCCAAACCCGAUGACAAGGUCAGAACCACCUCGUUGAAGGUUCAAGGAGGUGGCAAUGCUGGUAAUGCUUUAACUUGUGCUGCCAGACUCGGCUUGAAACCCAAGAUCAUCUCCAAGGUUGGAGAUGAUUCCCAAGGCAAGGGCAUAUUGAAGGAGCUAGAAGCCGAUGGUGUUGAUACUUCCUUUGUCGUGGUAUCCAAGGGUGGUAGUUCAACAUUUUCAUAUGUACUAGUUGACAGUCAAACAAAAACUCGCACUGGUAUUUACACCCCUGGAGAUCCUCCCAUGAUGCCAGAUGACUUGUCUCAGUCAACGUUAUUAUCUGCAUUUGAUGAAGCAAGAUUAGUUUAUUUUGAUGGAAUGUCUACCGAAACUGCUCUAUUUGUUGCAAAAGAGGCAGCUCGCAAUAAUGUUCCUAUUUUAGUUGAGGCAGAAUCUCUGAGGGAAGGAAUGGAUGAGCUCCUGAAGCUUGCUGACUUUGCUGUAUGCUCGGCAAGGUUUCCACAGGCUUGGACGCAGGCAUCAUCUAUCCCGAGUGCAAUGGUAUCCACGCUUUUAAGAUUGCCAAAUAUCAAAUUUGUUGUUGUCACUUUGGGUGAAGAUGGUUGUCUAAUGUUGGAAAGAAGUGCAAACGAGGACGCUGACAUAGAAGAAAGGGAUGCAGAGAGUUUCUUAGAAUUCUUAUAUAAAGGGAAAGACGAUAGCUUGGCCGUCCCAACCUGUAUAUCAUCGGUGGUGACAAAAUUCAGAGCAAAUGGAAUAGGGACAAUUUAUGGUAGAUUCUUUAUUGGAACAGCAGAGAAGAUACCAGAUUCAGAGCUGAUCGAUACAACUGGUGCUGGGGAUGCAUUUAUUGGAGCCAUUAUUUACGCUAUCUGUGCAAACAUGGUACCGGAGAAGAUGUUGCCAUUUGCUGCUCAAGUGGCAGCUGCCAAGUGUCGAGCUUUGGGAGCUCGAACUGGUCUUCCACAUCGUACAGAUCCACGCUUGGCAUCCUUUUUACGCUAAUAAAGAAAAUUGGUAUUCCCAUCAAUAAAGCUCAACGCUCUUCCUUCUCUGCUUUUGGAAUGAUCAUGUUUACUUUGUGGUUCUAUGUACAUGUCUUGUUGUAAGAUGU